GCAAUUAGUUUUUUUUUUUUUUUAAUGAAGUUAAUGGUUUCCUACACGACAGUUUUCCUGAUUAAAUCCAUUUCCCUCUCUUUGUCUCUCUCUUGAUGGUGCAUAGAAGCUGAAGAUUUUGGGCGGUGGGUUAGUAGAAGAAAUGGUGGUUUUUAAGGAGGAGUUGAUAAUAGAGAGCUACCAAAUCCGGUGGCUAAUUUGGAUUCAACUUCUUAUUACCAUUCUUCUCCUUCCCCUCUUUUCCGGCUUCGCUGCCUUCACUUAUGAUGCCUCUACUAGCUCUGCCGCGCCGCCGUCUGGUUGCCAACCUGCAGCCAACAACUCCUCCUCUCCAAACGGAAUAAUUACGGUGGACGACGAGAGAGCUGGAGGGGACGCAGGAAGUAGUGGAGGGUCGAGCAGAGAAGAGGAAGAUGAGUCGUCUCUAAAGGAUACCGUAAUUCUGGGCAUUUUUCGGCGUCCAACCCACCCUUGCAACUAUUUUGGGCGUGCCAAACAAGCGAUUUUCAAGUGCUUCGGGUUAGAUUCUAGCUCAGAGAGCUCUGCAGGUCAACAACAUGAAAAGCAAGAUUGACUAUGUAUGCUACAGCCCCUUUCUUGUUUGCAAACAAUUGCACAGCUCAAAUAUCUAAUGCAAAAUUACAAGUGAGCUUCUGUUCAAAAACAGCGUUUUGGGGCUCUAAUUGUAUCAUUAUUUUUUGUAGCAUUAGUCUUAUAUAUUCAGGCCACGAUUUUGAGGUAAA